AUGAAGUUGUAUCAGUCCCUCCUCGUCGGCGCCACGGCGGUCUACGCCCUCGACACGUUCUCGGCCAAGGUCCUGGUUGACACAAAGACCUCGCAAUGCGAACUCAUCGAGUCGGUCCAUUUGACCCAGCUGCACCGCGCCAUUCAAAGCACGACGGACACACUUGAAAUCGUCACUGGACGUCAAAAUCUGCCCACCGCCGACGAUAUAAUCCUCCCCCUAGGAGGGGAUGCAAAGCUUCAAUCGUUUGUCGAGAUCUUGGGAGGCAGCACCAACGCUGUGUUGAACCACCUGCACCGCCGGUGCCCCCAAGGCGCGCUGCAGUCCAACAAGGUCGAAAGAGGCGACGCACCAAGGGUGGUGGCGACCCCCGUCGUGCGUCGCAUCGUCAACUCUGGCGACCCCAAGAACCGCAUUGACAUCGUGUUCAUGGGCGACGGCUACACUGCGUCGGAAGACUCGCGCUUCUUCGGCGACAUCCAGCGGCUGACGGACGAGAUGUUCAAGGGCGACACGUUCACCCAGUACCUCCCCCUCUUCAACGUGUGGGCCGUCUACGUGCCAUCGACCCAGUCCGGCAUUGGGGUGGGAGGUAAGCCCCUGGACACCGCCUUCGGACUGUACCGGUCGGGGACUGAACUGCGGGGCAUUUUCACCUCCAAGGCCGCGUACGCUCGCGAAGUGUGCAAAGCGACUGGCGUCAGUGCGUGUGACUUUCCGUCGCUGAUCGGGAACGAUGAUUACUACGGGGGUCUCGGGGGCGAGUUUGUCAUUGCAACUCGGUCGCCGACCACGGGCACGGUGAGGCGCCAACUCGGCACCAUCCGUCGAGGGCGUGACGUGGAAGCACUGGCUGACCAACUCGUCCGACCUCCGUGA